GUCGGAAGGAGUAAGAAGGUAGUCGCGUUGUCGGUGUCGCAAAGAAACAAAUGGUCGCUUUGAAGUAUCUCGGAAGAGAGAGCAACAGAGAAGUUUGAGUCGCCACUGAAAAAUUGUCAAAAUCAAAAAGAAUAACGUUUGAUUCAAUUUCAACUACGCAAAAUGGCCUUACCUGGUACGAACAUCAUCCGAUAGAAGUAAUUGCUCAUGAAUAGUAAACGUUUUUCCACUAUUAAAAAGCCGAAGCUUUUUGUCCCGAACAUGAAGCCUCAUGCAACACUUUCAAAAACUUCAUAGGGACAGCGUAUAUUAAAGGAUCGUGAAGAUAGGACAAGUAAAUCGCUUAAGGUGGCCGCAAGACCCUCCCAUGAGCAUGAUUUACUUAUUUUUUUUGUUAAACUUGAACUUCCGAGCUUUUUUUCAUUCACUUGAACUUGAACUGUAUACGGUUGUGCUAGGUAAAAAGAAAUCCAAUUCUUUCUGCUUUCGCGAAAGAUUAUUCCUUAUAGAUACUAUUGCAAAUGCAACAAUUUACUGUAGUUCGAGUUAUUUUCAUUUCGAUAUAUCCCACUAACUGUGCAUACAUCGCAUGCUGCCCUCGCUUUGAGAACUUUUUUUGUAGAACAAAACUAUCAGUAUGAGUAUCAUGGGCCAUUAAUCCUUUUUAUUUAUAGUCGGCUCGAGUACGAGUCGCUGCACCCAUAUCACCUAGUAAUGCUCUUUGAAAUCUAGUGAAUAUUCCAAUACUCUCUAAAUAAAUGUACCAUCAAUUGAGUUCUUGCUUGUUCACCUCUUCUCCGUUUUUUUGUAAGAAAGCUUGAGAAAGGAAGCUAGCUAGAAUACUUUAUAUUUCUAGAUUUUUUUCUGCUUUUGGUCUGAAAGAACUAGAUUUGUUUUUAUUAUCAUUUUUCUUGCUCUCAUCUUUCUGGUCCACGUUAACACAAAAGAAUCUAAGUAACGAUGCAGGAUCUUCGGAGGUCCAUGAAAAGCCUUGGUCAGACGAUGCGGGUGCUCGUGGGCCGUUCGCCACGGCGUCGCGGUCUUAGCGUCGGUUCAGGCGUUGAUGCUAGUUCUGCAGCAGCAAUGCCCGCGGACGUUCUGAAAGAGAGCCUUGUUGACGACGAGGAGAGCAAAAAGGGUGGGGCCGCACCAGGCGACGCCAGGACGAGUAAUGUACGAAGCCCCUCUUCGCCUCCGUUCCUAUACGUUACAGAUGACUACGAAGCUGGAUCAUCGAUUUCGGAGGGUAAGAUGAAUAGCUCGACAUCGGCAACUGGAGGAGCUCGAGGACCAACUACACGGGGUGCUGAGCAACCGGCUGACCCGCAAACCGCUCUGUUGGAGGAUGGGACUAGUUCAGUAGCGACACUGCAACCCGCGACUAGUGGAGGUGGGCCGCGAACGCCAGGAAGUGCAUUUGCAGCUCCGUCAAGCAUAUCGUCGAAGAGUUCGACCAGUGGUGUAGGCUUAGGUACCUCAUGGGGUCAGCGCGGACGCAUAGAGAUUCAUCCCGAUGUGCACGUGAAUUACGCACAGGUGGAAGGGGGACGGCUGAGCCUGCAGCGCAUUCCCCACCACGACCACCCAUCGCGACAUCGCGUCUCCAUGCAUGGCGAAUCGAAUGAAGCGCACCGUGCGAAGACGCCUGCGAACUCGCCUGUAAAGAAAAUCGUGCUCAGCAAAGGCACGGCAAAGUCUGUAGUACCAGCACCAGGUCGUGCUAGCAUGGGAGCACCAGUAGGAGCGCCAACGUUCACCUCAUCUGUGGCUACAACCGCCGUAGUAAGGUCAAGUGUCCCAUCGUCAACCACUGCUACUGCAGCGGGGGCGCCUGUAGUUGAGGCAAUUCCUUCCCGUAUAUCGUUCCCGGGGCGCAGUCUGGUUGUAGGUGCUUCUAUCCCGGCGUCGACCACGACCUCUCAAUUCGCAGGAGGUGCUACUUCUAGCCUAGUUCUUUCGCCAAGUCAACGUGGCACUGUGACACCCACUCCCCAUAACACGCCUUACCGCGUGUCGCAGGCGACGGCAAAAAGCAAGCCAAGUGGAACUUCUGUUUCGCAAAACUAUAGGCAGGUAGGGCCACAAGUUGUUCAACGAAACGUGGUAUUCUCAUCUUCUUCAGCUCAAAAUCAAAUGCAAUCUCAACCCUCAACUGCAGCGCCACAGAUUGCCGCUAGCGUUCCUGUUCCAUCAUCUGCAAAGGCAGGAGCACUGGUCAAGGCGAAGCCAGCUUCAGCCACUUCUAGUAUAGGCAACACAACCGUGAGUGAGAGUGCGACGAGUGCCAGCUCGACGCCUUCAGCAGAUGCGCCGUCUGGUGCCACUAGACGUUCAGCGUCUAUGGGCAAGCGAGUCUCCUUUGGCGGCACUAGCACUGCGCCUGUGGAAUCUGUUUCGUCAACAGCCGCUGGCAGUUCUUCUGCCUCCUCUUCAUCUCGGUCCUUUUCAUCGUCAAGUGGAGUUGGAUCUUCGACGUCGUCCACGUUGCUGGCCAGUCUAACAGGAGCUCCAGUGUCCGGCACUCGCACUUCAUCAACGGCGGGUGCUUCUGUGCGUGCGUCCUCUAGCCCAGCGAAGGUACGAGGCUCCCCGUCAUUGCUGAACGUGCAGAACGCUCCGCAAUUUACGCACUCGCCAACGAUGCACAGAUUUUCUAUCCGCCCUGAGGAGGAGGCCGCCAUCCCGCAUCAUUUCAGGCACGAGGCGCCCGCCUUGAGGAUGCCACCACGGGAAGUGCAUAAAAUUCUGGACCACGUGCGGUCUGCAGCGACUGAUCACCCGCAUGUUUCUCAUGCUAGAGAUCACUUGCGAUCGCUCGUAGAACGCGCCCGUCCGUCGAUCGUGCCGCGGCUCAGCCUACCACACCACAAUAGUAAAGGCGACACAGCAAGUCCCACGAGGACAUCAGGACCAGGAGGGACCGUGGUCACUGUGGCAACACCCAAGACACCGCAGCCGCCCGCCCCUCCAAGCCUGAAAAAUAUGGUAGUCGUACAGCAGCCAGCAUUUCGAUCAUCGCCUCCCUCAAUGUCAGCUACUGGCUCAACUGCUGGUGGUGCUGGUCAGGUUCUCUCGGGAACCUCUGCUUCUUCGGGAAGCACGGGUCCAAUGUCUAACACGAGCACUGGCAAUGCUGUUGGAGCGGGGUUAUCUGGUAACCGAGUCGCUAUCGUAUCGGCUUGUUCUCGAGGGGCAAGCCGUGAGAUACGAGAAGCACCCGCUCAGGCCACGAGGACUUCCUCUCUCGUAGUGUCACCAUCAGGCAGCAAGGAGGUUCAGGGCGUUCCGGGUAUGCCUGUUGCCUCCCUGAUCACUGGGGGAACACUAAUUCGUAGCGGAAAUAUCUCGCCAAUGUCACGGUCACCUACCACGCCCUCAGGUAUCCAGAGAGCGUCGAGUCCAGCAGCAGCGGUCGCGGGCGUAACCAGCAUAAAAAUGCAAGAGCACCUGCAGAAACGCGAAGAAGACAUACACGAAACGCAUGCUCACAUAAACUUGGAGAAUUUGAACGACAUUAUAUCCAACCACUUCACGCACAGCAUUUUUGCAUCUGGAGAAAUUGCCGACGGCUCAGCGCCAGAUGCGCUAGAAAAGAUAUCGCAGAGAUCGGAGGCUGAUAAGAAAUCAAACAGUAGUCGAGGAUCAUCAAAAGGUAGAACUCCUAGUGCUCGCACCAGCAAAACGAGCAAUGGAGCACGAAGUAACGAGUCUUCUCCUUCGGCAUUGGAGACUGGACCUGCUGCGCAUUCGCUGAAUUCAGCUCGAAGGCUAGAACCGUCCAAGGGCGCGGCAGACGCGACUCCUGCAGAUGUGAGAGAUGAAGGUGACGGCUUAUCCCCCAGUCCCAUGAGGGUCGUGACAUCCGCCAGACGGGCCGAGCCAAGAAACCAGGAGGAUUCCGUUAAAAAUGAAAUAGCGGCGACUGCCAUGAGUAGCAAGGACACCAGCUCCACCGACCAGCGUCCAGCGCAAACUAGCAAGCAACCGUCGUCGGCUCCGGAUGAUUCAGCAGGGCGCUUGAUUAAGAGCAUGAGUAUCAUACUUCUCUGUUAUUAUUUUCAUGUUCUUUCAUCUUCAUCCACCUCCUCCAAGAAGAAUAAGCGACGAACUUAUUAGCAACAUAGUAGGUACAAGUGGUAGUGCAGAAGGUGUAAGACGAGCACGAGACCCAAGUGGCGAGUAGUCCUCUAACCAAAGUUCUCAAUUCGUGCCACCGGCAAGCUCUCGGCGGCAUCCCCACCAAGAAAAAAGAGCUGCGGAAGGCGAAGCCGCUGAAUUGGAAGAGCUGCGCGAGUUACCAGAAGACAGGAAACAGUUCAUAGAGAAGCUGGCGGAUGCUGGUGCAGAAAUAUUCUUACGGAAGUCGGAGUUUUUUAAUCCGUAUACUACAACUAGAUGACUACUACAAUUGAAUACUACAAAUUGUACCUUACAACUUACUUGAAGUCUUCAUCUACUACUUGGAUAAUUGUUGAAAGACGAGCUUUUUAUUGACAUCAUUGCGUCACUGUCACUGAUGUCCAAAGAAAUAAUUAUGCGGAAUUUUGUCGCAACACUAGGUUCUUGAAAUGAUGCCAUCCAGAAUGCGGACUUGGUUCUAAGAUUUGCAGACAUGUUCGUUGCAAAGACUAGCGCGCGAGGUGCUGAUGCUGCUGUAGAAGAACAAGGGGAAGAGCAGGAGAUUACGAUCGACGACGGAACAGAAGCAGUGAGGGCUUCACAACCGCAGCAGCAGAAAGUGCGUGUGACUAGAUCUGCACGAGCGUUGGCACAGAAGAACGUGCAAGGCGACGACGACGAGGUGAGCGCUGGAAGUGGAAGCGGUCGUGAACGAGAUAGCGGAGUAUAUGCGAGCAGAAACGGCGACGAGGAGGAGAAGGAACUCAUGUCAGGUGGUGAUAGCAAUGUUGAAAAACGAGCCAGCUCGGGAGUCACGGCAACAAGAAACGACGAUGAGGGAGGGGACGUUAUGUCAGAUCUGCGCAGCACAGCAUUGGGAUAUAGAAAAGAGGACGACGACGCAGAUGUUAUGUCGGAUGGUAACGUCCGAGACAGCGCAGCCUUGGAUAGCAGAAAGGAAGAUAAGGACGAGGACGCCAUGUUGAGAGGUAGCGAGGGUGUUUAUCCUCAAGAACGGUCGCCUGCAUCUAUAAUCAGCGUGUGUGAGCAAGUGAAGGCGAUUGAAAGGAGGACGCGAGGAGAGGAAAGUCAAAGAUCCACAGAGAACAGCACUACCCCUAGGGGGACGCCGCUGAAUGCGAAUCCUAAGCCUCGAGGUUUGAUUCCCUCUCCGAUAGAGGAAUUGGACGACUUCGCGGUAUUACCUGAGGCCACUGGCAGUUUAGCUUCCCCACGGAGUACUGCAAAUCAAAGCCGAGAUCCGUCAAAAAUGCAGCUAGCUGAAGAAAGCCGUGAGCCGUCCAAGUUGGAGUCGCGAGGAUCCCCGAUUGGAGCGAGCCUCAACGCUUCCUAUGCGAAUGAGGCCGUUGCGGACGAGGAAGAAGUGGCGUCCUUUCGGCCCCAAGGAGACCCUCUUGUAGAGGAAGCCGCCUCAGCGGAGGCCACCUCGUCUGCGAUUCCAGGAAAGGAUGAACUGGAACCGGGUUUGACUUCGUCACUUAAUCUGCCACUAAAAGUGACGGACAGCAACUUCAUGGCAGUGCUCCAGAAUAUGACGGAGAAGCUGAGCGCUAGUAUACGCGAGAUCCAGAACAAGACGGAGAUCCACAUCUCCUCGCCCGCGCAGAGCCCUGGCGGUGGCCCGCAGAGAGUUGUGUCGCCAGGACGUACCCUCAUCGUAGUCCGGAACGAAGAGGAGGUUGACGUACUUCGGCGAGGCGUUGAUCUUCCAGACAACCAGGUGUUUCCUCCGCAAGCGACUUCCACAUCAAGUCGGAGUCCAGCCGACAACAGCCGCGCUCUACGAGAUGAAGUCGAGGCAAGUGCCCGACGCCACGGCCCCCAAGGAGCUUCAUUGUCAUUUUCGGAUGAGGUUCGUGUCCACAGCUCAGUCUCACUACCUGUCGAAGCGAGUACAAAGCCGCAGACUCGCAAAAUUCCUGACGACGACCCUGACUUGUUGGAACUCAAGCGCUGGUGGCAGGUACCCCUUGUUUCGCCGCGAAGAGCGCAGCAUAUCGCGAAUCAUAAAAACUGCCAGUUAAGGCUUGCCUCUUUCUUCAUCAAAUCUAUUGAAUGAUGAAGUACCAAUGCAUAAUGAAGAUUGAAGAAAAUUGGUAAAGAAUCGGUUAAUUACCAAGAGAAGCAGUUUAUUGAUGUCGGCACCGAUCACGUCGUCCUGACGUAUUCAAAGCAGCCCCUUUUCUAAUUCCACUAUCACCGCACUCAAGCAAACCCGUUGGUAUAGUAAAGGGGCAACAGCACGACCGUCGGGGUAAGGAAAAUAUCGGAGCGACAUCACCGAGGAUGGGAAGUUAUCCAAAAGUGAAGCAGGAACAAGUCACUAGGGAGGUCAAUGCUAGUAGCUCUAGCGCCAGAGGAGCUGGAAAUACAGCAUCAUCGUUCAGUGGCGCAGCUCGGCCUUUCGUCAGUGGGGGUAGCACUAGCAGCACGAGGAAACGUGCGUUCCCUUUGACAACUCGGUCCUCUGCAGGCUCCAAUGCGUCAUCAAUGCGAGCACAGCCUGCCAGUCUACACCAACAUCAUUUUUAUGGCAUGAUCUGGAAAUAUUCACAUCAAUAUCGUAUGGAACAUAUUCAUUGAAAUUCAAUUUAUUGAUGGUUUUUUUAGCAGGAUUGCAAGCAUUCCUACAUCUUCAUAUGGUCAUCACCAGGGGAUGUUGUGCUGCGCAGAUCUGGUGUAUUGCGCCUUCUAUUUCUAAGACAAGCAACAGAUGCAGGAGACGGGAGCAAUGAACGUUAGCGCAAUCAUUGGAGCGCAGGAUGAAAGCAUGCUGGACGUGAACAUCACCCUGGUCGAUGAACUUCUCAACACGAGCAAUAUCAUUCCACCUGUUUCUUCCUCUCCGAGUCACGAUGCUGCAGGAAUUCAACCAUCCUUCAACUCAGUGGUGAUAAAUGCAUCAUCGUCGUCUCCUGCAGCAGCUGCUGCGUCCUCACCGGAUAUGUUGGUACACUACCGUUUUCGUCCGUAAGUACUAACUUUUUCUACGCGAAGAAUAGAAGAAGUUGGAGGAAUAUAAAGUACAAAUAUGCUAAUCUCUUUUUAGGUAAGUAAGUACUUGUACUUUUUUACAGAGUUGCAAUAUCUCAUCUAAGAGGAAUAUCUUGUUCAACCUCACAAAAUAUAACAUUUCUCAGCGUCCACAACGACUUGAGUUGCCAGCUGACCUUCGUCGUGCGGCUCCGCAGAGAGAAGGCGAAUCACCUGCGUCCUCCCGGGGAAAUAUGUACACCCAGCGCAUACAAAAGGACGAUCCUGAUCUUCUGGCUCUGAGACAAGCAUGGCAGCCUUUUCAGCUUCGUCCUCUUGCGGCGAAUCGUAUUUGUGUUUUGUUCUUGUUCUGAGUAAAAAUUAUGGUUCGUCUUUCUGCAUUCAUGAUAUUUCAUUGCUUUUGAUGAUUCAUCCAGGAUCAUGAGACGGCCAACAUACAACAGUAGUUCAUUUCAUGGUUCACUCUUUUUACAUUUACUCCGUGAUACCAACAGGACGGGCUGCGGAAGAAGGCGAGGAAGUAGUGGUAAAACAUGGUGACUCACCGUAUAAACAGAGAGGUUUUUCCGCGGAUAACAAAUCGCGCUCGCCAAGAAGUGGACGUAAACGUGCGUCGCAAUCAGUAGAGGAAGCUGAUGUAGCUGAGACAGAUGACAAAAAAGGCGACGAGCCUAAGCCUCAGGAAAGCGGGACCGCUACGAGCCCAAAAGACGACCCAAGCAUACUGUUCUAUAGCGAGGCGGAGCGACGAAGCAUAAAAACGGAGGAGAUUCCUCUAAGCAAACACGCUGCAGACUAUGAUCACUCUGAAAAAGUCGGACUUGAAAUCACAGCGUAUCCGUAUGCAACAGGGACAUCAGCCACAAGUGGCUCAGGUAUUCCAUGUUUAAGUUCGUCUUUAAGCGUUCAACGUCCAUAGUACAUGCAACACUGUCUCGAAGAGGGUCGUUGGCUCCCACAUCAGAUAUUCUUAAAUUACACCAGAGUCCUUAAUAAUGUCGUAUUGAAGAUGAAUCUAUAAUUGCUCAUCAUCUAAUUUUGGAAAAGUAGAUUGAAAUCGAAUUGAUAUAGAAAGAACUUCAACUUCUACUUUUCCAGAUGUACUAGGAGUUGAGCAUGAUCAGGAGAGAGCGCGAGCUUGCUCGGUAUCAAGUGACAUGGUUACGCCCGAAGCGAUUGAGGCGAUGUUCAGUUCUCGUGACGGCAAGAACGGUAAGCGUCACUCCUCGUGUCGCGAAGGAGUAGGAGGAGAGCAUCAGCAGGGUGCUGAUGAUCUUCAGUCCAACGAAAAAAAAAGUACGAUGUCAGAUAACAAAAAGAAUCCAGCAGCAUCAUCGUGGGCCUCGUCUUUCGACCUGCGACGUGACGCAGCAAAGGGAAGCAGCAGUUCGUCUGCGGGUAGUGCGGCGUCGUCGCGUGCGCCGAGCAAGCGUCGACCGCCACCGUUUACGUGGAUGAUUGAUUCUGAGACGGCUCGAGCCUCUCUCAUUUCGGCUGCUAGCAAGAUGUCAUUGAACGCGGCAACAACAAGCAAUUCUGCAAGUCAAAGAAGCUCGCCAGUUGUUGUAGGGAGUACACUAUCCUGCUCGUCGCGGGGUGGGAACGGAUCGAUAGCCCUUAUUCCUCGCGAAAAUGAGCGAAGACCUGUGACGAGCGCAUCUACUGCGGAAGCGCAAGCAAACAGAGAAGCACCAAAAAAAGGGCCACGAGCAAAACAAGGAAGCGGGAUUACAGGUGCAGCGCCAGGACGUCAGAGCAAGAGCAACCUAAAACUCACGGAGGGCGGAAAAAAAUUGAAUGUGGGAACUUCUAGUCAACUAAUGGAAGAUGUCACUGUCAGCACGAAAACGAAUCCUCAGAAGGGUCGUGCUACAUCUUCGAUCAGUGGUGUCCGUCGUCCUCCAAGCGCGCCGCCUACGCGCACUACUUCUUCUUUUACGGCCUUCUCGUCAAAGCCGAAGAUCAACGCAAUUUUCACUAUGGGCCAAAAACAAGACUCUGCUGGCUUCUCUUCCUCGUAUUCGUCGACUUCUGUAGGCAUUGUUCGGUCUCGCAGCUAUGAAAAAUUCGCGUCGACGAUGCCGGACUGCCCAAAGAAAAUAAUGGGCAAUCCUGAUGGGGGUGGGCGAUCUUCAUUUCCCCAUCUUUCUGGCGGUUCUGUAAGCACUAACGCCUCCUUGUUGAUCUGCAAGACCAAUAUAAAAAACACUAUGCCCGCUGCUACAGCGCAUGGAGGGUCUGAAAGUGAGUUAGUGAAGCGUCGUCGUGGAGGAGCGCCAUACAAAGUUCCAUACUCGCCACGAAAACGGCAGCACAGUACUCCUGCUGGAUCGAUGUCACGAGUUGUUGGUGCCACUGGGCCACCACCGAAACGACAUCCGGCUCAGCCACCUGGAUUUACUUAAGACUAGUUCCUUCUAGUCGUCUAGUAACGAGACUACCCCUUUAAUAAAUGAUACCCGAUAAGCGGCAGCAGCCUCUGCUUCAUCCACAAAUCGAUUUGUGGCUACGGAAAACAGUUUUAUUUUCAGAUGAAGGAAAACGAAAAGAAUUGCGAGCACAGUAGUUGAAAUUGACUUCAUGAUCUCUAAGUCACAGUGCCUCGGCAGUUGCCUCCAAGUACCACGCGCCGUGGUCCUCCUGGUGGCACCAUUGAUAUCAGUAGACGGGAGCAUCAAACGGCAGGAGGACCUCCGGAAGAUCUCAGCCUCACGUUGCAGAGCACAACGUCGUCAGUGAGAAGUCUCGUGGUGGCUUUGCCUCGGCCUAAGAGUGUCCGAUCAUCGCCGAAAGAGGGAAAAGGAGUCAUCCUCGAUCUUGCUCACCAGCGGCGGCAAGGUUCAAUGUCGCUUUCUGAUAUCCGACAACAGCAAAGAGAGAAGAGCCGGAGCAAGACAAGUCAGGUACAGUUUCAUCUAAUCUAUCAUGCUCCUCACGACUAUAUAUAAAUUUGAUAUGUCCGAAGGCGAAGGAGGUGGAAGUAUGAUGAGCAUUUCUACUCCUCGUACGUUCUACUUGAAGAUGAGUCACCUGUAGAAAAUGGUAAAGAUUGAGAUUCUUUAUCGCGGACAUGAUCAUGAUGCUGAUGUUCAUGUUCCUCUUCUUUUUGGUUGUGAUUGUACAGGCAGAGGCAAACGCAGAGCGACACAGGAAAGCCCAGGAGCGCAGACGGCAAAUGAUGGAAGCCCACGAAAAUACCAAAAGGACACGCCAGUUGCACGAGGAGGCUAGGAGGCACUUGUAUCUAGACCGAAGGUACUAACAUCUUUUUAUCUUCAUCUUGGUGUACUAGAUGAUGAAGAUGUUUUUUUUUAAAGAUUUUUCAAAACCUUAAUGAUCAUCAACAUUUUCUGAUAUUGAUCAGCUUCGUGGUGCCUCAGAGCGGUGGCGCAGAGGCUGAUGCGAUAUUUCGUGUUAGACGUAGUAAAUCAGUGGAGGGAUUACGUUUUGGUGGAGCUGCAGGAGCGGAAGCUAAGCCAGUGUUUUUUCCUUGGUCACGAACGCAAACAGGCCAGGACGCUGACAAUCACUCUUGAGACCCACGUCGAGACCGAAAACAGAUGCUGUUUUAACGAAGUGAAAAUACUAAAAAGUUGCAUCAGCAAGAUGGACUGCUUGCGGGCAGCUCGAAUUCUCGCGAACUUGUGAACACUACCUAAAUCCGUGCACGGAACAAGCGAAGCGAAGACUAAUAACGGAUGACGUAAACAUAUUUUUCAGAACUCAGUCAAGUGGCUGCCCCAUUUCCUGUUUGUUUAUCUUGACCUCUCUAUUGAAUGAAAACGAAUAAAUAAUAUGAAUACUGAAGACAAUAACACGUGUAAAUGUGGCCGAACUCUAUUUCGUCAGCAGAAAUUAAUUAGUUCAAACAUUUCCAGUUAUUUUCUGAAUUUCUCCGCAGCCACCUUGCUACUGAUGUUUAUUGCAGUGCUCAGGUUCCAGUCUUGUAUUUUUGUUUAGGGAAGCUUGAUAAUUAUAUGAUCCAGGCGCACGCAGAGCUUGCUUUUUGACAUUUGCCUAAAUACUUUUGGUGUUCUUCAAUUGUUCUUGAAUGAUGCUAGUAAUUUCGGGGCAAGCUUACUACAGCACGAUGAAAUAUGAUAGACUUAGUUGAAUUAUGCUCACUUUUGACUUAGCCGAUAACGGCUAGUACAGUCAGAGCACACGGCACACGCAGACGAGCUUUAUUGACAUUUACUGAGCAGAUAUGUCAACAUCCGAAAAUCGCAAUCGGAAUGAUAUUAGAGAAUUAUGAACGAAAAAGGCGGUAAAAAAUGCGAAUGGAGGCAGCAGUCGCAGACGCAAAUCUUCGAUCAGA